AUGAAGGCUUUGGCGCUUGUUUGCCCCGCAAGCAUUUCCUCCUCGUGGCUUCCGUUCCGGUUUGGGCCCCAAUCGAAAUCUCAGCUCCGGAGCUCACGGAUUCGGAUCUUCUCUUGUUUGACGAAAGAGGCAGAAAGCGAAUCGCAAUCGGGGAGUUACAAGGGAGGAGUGGUGGAUAAGUUGUUGCUGAAUGUGUUCAGGAACAAAAUGGUUCAACAAGUUGGGUGGGAUUCGGAUAAGCCGGGAUACGAUGGACUGAUUGAAGUGGCCAACCGGAUGAUGCUUCAGAACCCAACAAAUUCUCAUACUAAAGAAGCUGCGGUCCGAGUUCUGAUAUCUCUGUUUCCACCAUUCCUGUUAGAACUUUAUAAAUUGCUAAUAGCUCCUAUACAAGGCGGGAAAAUAGCCGCGCUCAUGGUUGCAAGGGUGACUGCAAUCAGUUGUCAAUGGCUCAUGGGCCCCUGCACUGUUAAUUCUGUCGACCUACCUGAUGGGAACUCAUGGGCUAGUGGGGUGUUUGUUGAGAAAUGCAAGUACUUGGAGGAAAGCAAAUGUGUGGGGAUCUGUGUCAAUACUUGUAAGCUUCCAACUCAGUCUUUUUUCAAGGAUUACAUGGGUGUCCCUUUACUGAUGGAACCGAACUUCAACGACUAUAGUUGUCAGUUUAAAUUCGGGGUCCUUCCUCCACUUCCCGAAGACGAUGCCACUCUCAAGGAGCCUUGCUUAGCAAUAUGCCCUAAUGCUACCCGAAGAAGAGAAAUUGCAAAAAACUUUAAUGUAGAGCAGUGUCCCAAGGCAUAAAUACAGUAAAACUGUUGUGCCACCAGUCGACAGAGAAAUCAUAUUACUAGAUAUUGUCCCUAUAAGUAGUUUGGCAGCUUGUUGUAUUCCCUUACUCUCGAUUAAUCGCUUCUUUAGGUACGUUGUUAAUCUUGUGAAUAGACAAACUUCAUCUCUUAUAUAUAGAAAAUCUGUUGUCAACGAAAAUAGUUGCAAGCGUGGUGAAUGUGACUUGCCUAGCAGUAGCUUUUAUCUGUUAUUCACUGUUUUCAAGUGUUCUCUUCAAAACAGUGCAAGGCCUAGCUACGAUACAGAAUGUACUUUUUUUUGGAGUGGAUACAGAAGGUACUUGAAUUAGUUGAAUACAAGGAAAUGAACCAUUUGUCUUCUUUUUU